GAAAGAGAACCGUGACGCCAUUGUUAUUUAUUUAUUAUUCAUAAUAACCGCAGGAACGAAUUAACGUUGCCCGUCCGUAGUCACAUUUUCUGGAAAAAGGUGAAAGUAAUUUUUCGUCUUCUUUUAAACGUACCUCUAAGUCAAAUAAGUGGAAGUUUCUUCCGAGUAUCAGUGUGAUUCGAAGAGGACAGUUCGAUAAAAAAAUAACAACAUUUAAGUGAACGAAAUUCGAAUUCAAAUGCUUUUUGACAGUGUUUUGAUGAUUAGUUGUGUUCCAAUGCCAUUAAACAAAUUGUAUUGUAUUUUUUGCAACUGUGAUUGAUAUAUUUAUUGGAGUGUAAUUCAGCAAUAGAAGUAACAAUUAAAAACGGCAGCAAAUAUGGUAAAAAGAUCAGAUGGCACCGACCUACCAAUACUUGAAGAACAGGAGGGUACAAAUUCCGAGAAACCUAAACAACCUGUGAAAUAUGGAGAACUAGUCAUUUUAGGGUAUAACGGAUAUCUGCCACCUGGCGACAGAGGAAGGAAGCGCAGCAAAUUCGUCCUUAACAAGAGGCAGGUUGCCAACGGCGUGAAGCGAUCCAAGCAUUACGUUGUAAAAACUCCGCACUGCUCCCAGGCCAUCCUUGAUGUAACUCAACAUUCGAUCUCCUACACAUUAUCCAGAAACCACGCUGUUAUAGUAGAAUACGAGAAUGACGAGGACACGGACAUGUUUCAGAUCGGCAGAUCUUCCGAAGCCCCCAUCGAUUUCAUCGUUAUGGAUACAAUACCUGGGGACAAAUCGACGGAAAACAAAGUUAUGCAGCAGAGCACAAUAUCCAGAUUCGCCUGUAGGAUUUUAUGCGACAGAAAUAAUCCUAAAAUUGCGAGGAUAUUCGCUGCCGGUUUUGAUACAUCUAGAAAUAUAUUUUUAGGGGAAAAAGCUAAUAAAUGGCAGGAAAACGGAAGAGAAAUAGAUGGUCUAACAACGAAUGGUGUCCUGAUAAUGCACCCUAGGGGAACGUUUUGUGGAGGAGAUGCUAAAUGUCGCUACUGGCUAGAAACUUCAGUAGGUGGGGGAGUUUUCACAACUAGGGAGUCUCGGUCCGCUCAACAGAAAGGCCAAAAAGUCGACGAGGAAACAAAUGUUCUACAAGAUGGUACCCUGAUUGAUUUAUGUGGGGCAACCCUUUUGUGGCGAUCGGCAGAAGGACUGGCUAAAUCACCAAGUAAACGAGAUCUGGAGAGAGUCAUAGACGAACUGAAUGCUGGCAGACCUCAAUGUCCCGUAGGUCUGAACACGCUAGUCAUACCUAGGAAAAUAACACCAAAUGAGAAUCAGCAGCAGCCUUAUGUUUACUUGAACUGCGGCCACGUUCAGGGACUGCACGACUGGGGACAGGACAAGGAUUCUGGGGAUAGAAAAUGUCCGAUCUGUUUAGAGUUGGGACCAGUGGUGAAAGUGUGCAUGGGGUUAGAACCAGCUUUUUACGUUGAUACCGGUCUGCCUUCUUUUGCUUUCAAUCCUUGCGGACAUAUGGCCACAGAAAAAACAGUGAAAUACUGGGCCAAUGUAGCUAUUCCACAUGGCACCAAUGGUUUCCAUGCAGUCUGUCCAUUUUGCGCAUCACCCUUGUCAGGCUCACCAGGUUAUGUACGCUUAAUAUUUCAAGAUAACGUUGACUGAAGUUGAUCGAGGGGAAACUAAAAACAAUUUUUGAAUCAGUGUCUAUUGUAAAUGUUUGGAAAUGUAUAGACCUUAUUGUAUAGAACUUUUGAAGCUUUAUUUAUGUAGACCGUUAUAGUUUUGAAUGUUUUUAUUUAUUGAUCUUAGUAAGAAGUGGUAUUAACAAUAUAAUUGCAGAAAGAGGGCGUUAAAACAGUGCCGACUUGAAAAUUUCCCUUUGUAUUUUUCCUCUCAAACAAAAAUUUUGGCAAUAAAGAGCAUCAAACAUUUGGAUAUCUCUGUUUUGAUAAAUAUUUCGAAAAAAAUAAAUAGUGGGCAAAAUUUUAAGAGUUGAGGGAUUCUGUUUGAUCAAUGAGGAUAAGACAUUGGUUGCAUGAAUAUUGGAUACCACUUCAACAAGAGUAAUUUGUUUUAAUGAAAUUUCAUAAGUUGUUGUUUCAUCGCAAUUAUUGUACCAUUGUUGUGUCUAAUCAACUUUAUUUCAUUUCAUUUAAAUUCUAUUCUUUGAUUUUAUUGUUUAUGAUAAAAGAAUUGUAUUUUGUAUAUAACGAAAAUUGCGAAGUCUAUUGAAUAAUCUGAAGUUAAUUUGAAAUUACAUGUGAAGUGCUAGUAAGUUCGAUUUGAGGUUCGUAAGUGCAAAUUCUAAGACUGGUUAGGAGUAAAAUAAGAUAUUUAAGCAUUUAAUCGAUUAUAUAGUAGACAAACUGAAACUUAUUGGAACUUUUAUAAAUAUGCCAUCUCAACAAUAAAAGAGUUAAUUUCAAAGAUUGUAAAAUACUGAAUUGGUGCCUAAAACACAUGCAGAAUUUAGCUGAUUAAAAAUUAUUGAGCUUGGGGGAUACCCUGUAUAAAAUCGAACAGAUACUAAGUGAAUAUCUUGGUCGUUUCAAAUUUUGGGAGAAUUACAUUGGACAAUACUCAUGUAUUUGUCAAAGAUUAUUUUUCAACCGUAGAUCAAACAAAACAAUGAAUUAAUCCAUUCUAAAAAGUUUCACUUCCUUGGUGUCGAAUAAAAAGUUGAUGCCUAUUUUUGUAUGGUUAAGAUUGUGCAAAAUUUUAGACACCUACCCAGUAGCUGAGAAUGAAGGGAAAGAUUAAAAAAAUCCAUAACCUUAAUAUUCUACAAGUUUAGCAGUAAGUGACACAUUUUGGAGUGCAUGUAAAGCUAUUGAAAUUUUUUGGAUUGAAUGGGUGAUCUUAUAUCUUGGCCAAUUUCGAAGAUUGAAAUUAUGCUCUCAAACUUACACAAUUUUCAGAAUGAUAGUUUUUCAGACCAUCACAGAUUCAAGUGGAUAAUGGUAAAACUGUUAUCUUCUAGAAAUCCUGUGACAUCUUGCUUGGAACCUUACUUUGGUCUUUGGUUUCGGUCAAUUCUCGUUACUUGAGUUUGUGAUAUUUUUUAAGAAUAUAGUGGAUCUUUAACUCAAUAUUUUGAGAAAUUUAUUCUUUUUUAUAAUCCCCAGUAAGUCAUUCUUCGCACUUAAAAUUGGCCUACUUAUUAAGAUAAGGUAUGUACAUACAUGUUUGAAUCGUUCGAAAUAUUGACUUAAUGGAAUCCUAGAAUUUGUAUUUUACAUUUGAACAAGACCAUUGAAUUUUUCUGUUGAAGAAUUUGUGAACAUAAAUAUAAGAAUGAAUCCAGUAGCGUAUAGUGUUUAAGAUGCUGUUAUAGUACCCCUCCACACAAAAGAAUUUUAUCUGUGCCUGGAACACUAAUAAAAUUGAUAUAUUUAA